UGCGUAUGCGUGUGCCUAACGCCCGAUUUCGUCCCGGCCACUAAAAGCACUUCACUUGUUAAAGAUUUCUUGACUAGUGCACACGUUUCACGAAAAUCUCAUACAUUUUCAUUUUAAAUAAUUAUUUGCAAUAAUUUUGAUUGUGAUUAGUUUAUCGAAAACUUAAUAUUAAAAUUAAAAAUACUAUACCAAUUUGAAUUAAAUUAUUUUUUAAUUUGUUUUUAAAAUCCACAUAACAGUUAAUCCUCGCUACCGCGCAGUUGUUUUGCAAUAAAAUAAAAUUUUGCAAUAAAAAAUGUCACCUACAGCGAAAAGUGCAAUUUUUGUUCUGUUUUUGGUAAACGUACUAGUUGUUUCAUCUCAGGAUAUAGCUACGAAGUUCUCAGAUAGAAAAAUUGUUCCUAACAUCAUUCCAAAGGCGCCUACCGGCUUGGCAAAGGUCUCGUAUCCCAAUGGAAAGGCACCAGAGCUGGGAACGAAAUUGAACGCCAACGAUGUAAAAGAAGUGCCUUCGGUUUCGUUUACAAAUGAAUCCGGAGCCAAAUACGUCGUGCUUAUGUUUGAUCCUAACCCUAACAAUACUGCCAACCACACUCAGCAUUGGCUAGUCACAGACGUCCAGCCCAACACAAGCAAUAACACCCUGACGGAGUACGUAGGCGUCCUGCAAGGACAAAAGGGAACGAGACAAUUCGUCGUGCUGGUAUAUAAGCUGAGUGGUCGUGCUAUUGAAGAGAAUCAUUUGGACAAAAAUAAUAUACUUGGUCGUGUUAACUUCAAUGUGAACGAGUUCGCGAAGAAGUACAGCCUCGGUGACCCGGUGGCAGGUAAUUUCUUCGACGUCAACUCCUGCACAGGCAUAAAGAGCAGUAUUGCGAUUUUGUUUGCUGCUAUGGGUUUGAUAUUCAUGUUUGGUAAUAAUAAGUUGUAAUUACAAUAAGUAUUAUAUCUUCGUAAAUAUUGUAUACAUAUAUAUUAUUUUCCAUGGGAUGACGGUGACAAAAAAUAUACAACUAUAAUUAUAGAACUUUAUCUAAGCCAACAGUUUUUAUUUACGUUUUUAUCGACCAGCCUUAGGAUGACUCAUGGUACACGUGGCGCGGUUAAACAUCUGUAUUAUGUUUUUGUAUGAACUAAUUCAUGGCAGGCCAUGGUAGGUGGAGGUCACGGUCGGGGCAUGGCGUCUAAAUGUCGGUGACUAUUCUACUCUCCUUGUUUCAACUAACGCUUUGCAUUUUGAUGAAAAUUAUCAGUUAUUCGGGCCUUUUUCCUUUGAAAAAUGUCGAUUACGCUAGGAUUUUGCUUGACCAUAAAACCGAAACUAAAUAGGAUAUAAAAAAAAUCGCUUACAUGGGGUUGUAGGUCUUGUUUCGCCGAUCCCAGAAAUGUUAAUAACUCAAUUUUGAUAAUAAGGUCAAUUACGUUAGUUAUUAUAAGGAGAACAGUAUUGUUUCCCUGGCUCCGGUCCUUGAACGUGUUCGUCGUGGGCCCGGAGGGUAACCGACCACGGGCUUGAAGUGACCUGCGCUACGCCAAAUGGACGACGAAAAAUUGGUUUGCUCUCAUGUUAACAAACCGGUUUCCUACCGGUUCGCCUGGUGACUAGUGGAGUAAUAAUAUACUUUUCAUCAUACUUGCUCGUAAAUGGUAUGAUCGCGUGGUGGCUAACUUGACUAUGAUGCCCCAAAUAAAACCCACGGGCCUUUUUUCUUUCCAUUACUGCCA